AUGUCACCACCACCACCCAGCAUCUACGCCAUCGACCCUCCUCCCGUCAACCUCAUCCACAGCAUCGCCCACUCCGGCUCACCACCACCCACCCCCUCAUCUCCCUCCUACGGCAUCGACUCCCCGCUCGGGCUCGUCCUCUCCUCUCUCUUCGCGCCUCUCUACCUCUACGCCACGCUCCGGGGCAAAUCCACCGUCUGGGACACCAUCCUCGCCUCGCUGCCUCCUGCUGCCCCUUCCGAGGCGCCCGCCCUCGACGUCGGCUGCGGGCGCGGCCUCGUCCUCCUCAAGCUCGCCGGCCGCCACACGCACGCCUACGGCAUCGACAUCUUCCGCGGGGCUGACCAGACCAGCAACACCCCGGAAGCCACCUACAGCAACGCGGCGGCGCUCGGCGUCGUGGAAGACACAGUCCUGCACGCGGCGAGUUUUGCAGUGCGCUUCCCGUUUGUGGACGGCGCGUUUGCGCUCGUCACGUCGAGCUUGGCGGUGCAUAAUGCCGGGCGUGAGGGACGCAGGUGCGCUGUACGAGAAAUGGCAAGGGUGUGCGCGCCGGGUGGGCGGAUCGUGCUUGUCGACUUGUUUGGGUAUUUUGGGGAGCAUAGAUCCGUGCUGGAGGACGAGGGAUGGACCGAUGUGGUCGUCUCGUCUGUCGGCUGGAGGAUGAUGUUUGGUCUCUGGCCGUGUCAGAUGCUUGUGGCGACCAAGCCGCCAUGA